AUGGCAAGGAUACCAAGAAACGAUGCAGAUGUAGCGGGAAGUCCUCCGGUUCGAUUAGUGGACGAGAACAGCUUAAUGCUUCGUCUCCGUUGUGUGAAGUGGGACGUUGCUCAGGGAUUCAAUGAGCACAAGUGGGCAACCAGCGACACCUCGUGGAUCCCAUACAGCUACUUUGAGCUCAACAAACAGCCUCUAGAGCAGCGCAAGAAAUUACAUCAUGGGAAAGACCUACCGAUUGAGCUCACUUCGCUGGUCAAAGAAGGUGAUAAUGUUCUGGAGAUUGCCCUUGUGAGAGGGCCAGAAAACGAGCAAUUUCGCAACUACCUUCUCGCUAUCGAGAUCCUCGGUGUCAAGCUUCACACAGCCUUGAUGGAGGAGAUUCUGACGAACAGACACGUCUCAUCAGCGUUAAUCAAGCAGCGUAUCAAGGAUAAGCUCGCCGGUUCCGCUGCCGACGACGAUGAAAUUUUGGUUGUGAGUAGCACUCUGAACAUCAAUCUGUUCGAUCCUUUCAGCCGCUCGGAGAUUUGUAAGAUUCCCGUUCGCAGCAAAGCCUGUGAUCACUUUGACUGUUUUGACCUGGAGACCUUCCUCAAAACGCGCAAGCGAAAUGCCGACUCUACCGUACCGGAUGACUGGAAGUGUCCUAUCUGCAGCGGCGAUGCUAGGCCACAUCAACUUAUCGUCGACGGCUUUAUGCAAGAAGUUCGCGGCGAAUUGGAACAGCAAGGGUUACUGAAGACGCGGGCUAUCAUAUUGAGUGAGGACGGUUCCUGGAAAGCAAAACCAGAGGUUACGGAGGGUGUGGCUGAUCAUGAUGAUGACGAUGCGCCUGCUAAUCCCAACGGGCAAAAACCCCCCGGGCAGCAGAAGACAGCCGCGCCGCAAGUCACAGAAGUCAUUGAUCUGGGCGACAGCGACGAGGACUAG